GGUACAAGUGAGUGUCGAUUUGUUACUAUAAGUGCACAAGUGCUGUAGUAUAGUAAUAGAUAAGCGACAAACGAUCGCGAUGACUAAAGGCUACCGAGCCAUCACUGUAGCGGUGUUGUUGGUGGCUUUCCAAAUCAGCGGCUUAGAGGCUGGUGAUACCGAAAUAUGGCCCAUUCCGACUGAGUGCCCCGCCGUAGACCCGUUAAACUACACAGUCCAUCUUCAGCACGAAUCCGACUGCACAAAAUUCUACAAAUGCGACCACGGCGAACGGGUGCUGUUCGACUGUCCGGACACUCUUCAUUUCAACCCAGUUUUGCAAGUUUGUGAUUGGCCGGAACAAGCUGGGUGCACGAUUGGGCAACAGUCGACUUCUGCGCCGAACCCUGAACCACCAAAUAGGGACCCGGAGUGUCCCUGGCCCGAUCCUUUAGACCAUACGGUUCAUUUACCCCACGAAGACGACUGCACGAAAUUCUACAAAUGUGACAAUGGAGUCAAAGUGGAAUUCCAAUGUAACGAUGGUCUCCACUUCAAUAAGGAAUUGGGGGUUUGUGAUUGGGCGUGGAAUGCUGGUUGUGACGAUUCCUAUAAAACUACGACAGCAGCGCCUACUCCUAAGCCUACAAGUAAAGCAACUCCUAAACCAACGCCAAAACCAACGCCCCCACCAAACAAGGACCCAGAUUGUCCAUGGCCAGAUCCAUUGAACUACACUGUCCAUUUGCCCCAUGAAGACGACUGUACCAAAUUCUACAAAUGUGAUAAUGGAAUCAAGGUAGAAUUCGACUGUCCAGAUGAUCUCCAUUUCAAUAAAGAAUUGGAAGUUUGUGAUUGGCCAUGGGAUGCUGGUUGUGAUGAUUCCUAUAAAACUCCUAAGCCUACAAGUAAACCAACUAAGCCCACAACGCCAAAACCCACGCCCCCACCAAACAAGGACCCAGAUUGCCCAUGGCCCGACCCAUUGAACUACACAGUCCAUCUACCACACGAAGACGACUGCACCAAAUUCUACAAAUGCGACAAUGGAAUCAAGGUAGAAUUCGACUGUCCAGAUGAUCUCCACUUCAAUAAAGAAUUGGAAGUUUGUGAUUGGCCAUGGGAUGCUGGUUGUGAUGAUUCCUAUAAAACUCCUAAGCCUACAAGUAAACCAACUAAUCCCACAACGCCAAAACCCACGCCCCCACCAAACAAGGACCCAGAUUGCCCAUGGCCCGACCCAUUGAACUACACAGUCCAUCUACCACACGAAGACGAUUGUACCAAAUUCUAUAAAUGCGACAAUGGAAUCAAGGUAGAAUUCGACUGUCCAGAUGAUCUCCACUUCAAUAAAGAAUUGGAAGUUUGUGAUUGGCCAUGGGAUGCUGGUUGUGAUGAUUCCUAUAAAACUCCUAAGCCUACAAGUAAACCAACUAAGCCUACAAAUAAACCAACUAAGCCCACAACUCCUAAACCCACGCCCCCACCAAACAAGGACCCAGAUUGCCCAUGGCCCGACCCAUUGAACUACACAGUCCACCUACCACACGAAGACGAUUGUACCAAAUUCUACAAAUGCGACAAUGGAAUCAAGGUAGAAUUCGACUGUCCAGAUGAUCUCCACUUCAAUAAAGAAUUGGAAGUUUGUGAUUGGCCAUGGGAUGCUGGUUGUGAUGAUUCCUAUAAAACUCCUAAGCCUACAAGUAAACCAACUAAGCCUACAAAUAAACCAACUAAGCCCACAACUCCUAAACCCACGCCCCCACCAAACAAGGACCCAGAUUGCCCAUGGCCCGACCCAUUGAACUACACAGUCCAUCUACCACACGAAGACGAUUGUACCAAAUUCUACAAAUGCGACAAUGGAGUCAAGGUAGAAUUCGACUGUCCAGAUGAUCUCCACUUCAAUAAAGAAUUGGAAGUUUGUGAUUGGCCAUGGGAUGCUGGUUGUGAUGAUUCCUAUAAAACUCCUAAGCCUACAAGUAAACCAACUAAGCCUACAAAUAAACCAACUAAGCCCACAACUCCUAAACCCACGCCCCCACCAAACAAGGACCCAGAUUGCCCAUGGCCCGACCCAUUGAACUACACAGUCCACCUACCACACGAAGACGAUUGUACCAAAUUCUACAAAUGCGACAAUGGAAUCAAGGUAGAAUUCGACUGUCCAGAUGAUCUCCACUUCAAUAAAGAAUUGGAAGUUUGUGAUUGGCCAUGGGAUGCUGGUUGUGAUGAUUCCUAUAAAACUCCUAAGCCUACAAGUAAACCAACUAAGCCUACAAAUAAACCAACUAAGCCCACAACUCCUAAACCCACGCCCCCACCAAACAAGGACCCAGAUUGCCCAUGGCCCGACCCAUUGAACUACACAGUCCAUCUACCACACGAAGACGAUUGUACCAAAUUCUACAAAUGCGACAAUGGAGUCAAGGUAGAAUUCGACUGUCCAGAUGAUCUCCACUUCAAUAAAGAAUUGGAAGUUUGUGAUUGGCCAUGGGAUGCUGGUUGUGAUGAUUCCUAUAAAACUCCUAAGCCUACAAGUAAACCAACUAAGCCCACAACUCCUAAACCAACACCUCCACCAAACAAGGACCCAGAUUGUCCAUGGCCAGAUCCAUUGAACUACACAGUCCAUUUGCCCCAUGAAGACGACUGCACCAAAUUCUACAAAUGCGACAAUGGAAUCAAGGUAGAAUUCGACUGUCCAGAUGAUCUACACUUCAAUAAAGAAUUACAAGUUUGUGAUUGGCCAUGGGAUGCUGGUUGUGAUGAUUCCUAUAAAACUCCUAAGCCUACAAGUAAACCAACUAAGCCUACAAAUAAACCAACUAAGCCCACAACUCCUAAACCCACGCCCCCACCAAACAAGGACCCAGAUUGCCCAUGGCCCGACCCAUUGAACUACACAGUCCAUCUACCACACGAAGACGAUUGUACCAAAUUCUAUAAAUGCGACAAUGGAAUCAAGGUAGAAUUCGACUGUCCAGAUGAUCUCCACUUCAAUAAAGAAUUGGAAGUUUGUGAUUGGCCAUGGGAUGCUGGUUGUGAUGAUUCCUAUAAAACUCCUAAGCCUACAAGUAAACCAACUAAGCCUACAAGUAAACCAACUAAGCCCACAACUCCUAAACCAACACCUCCACCAAACAAGGACCCAGAUUGUCCAUGGCCCGACCCACUGAACUACACAGUCCAUCUACCACACGAAGACGACUGCACCAAAUUCUACAAAUGCGACAAUGGAAUCAAGGUAGAAUUCGACUGUCCAGAUGAUCUCCACUUCAAUAAAGAACUAGAAGUUUGUGAUUGGCCAUGGGAUGCUGGUUGUGACGAUUCCUAUAAAACCACGACAGCAGCGCCAACGCAACCACCAAACCCCUGUCCCAAUGUGGAGUGUCAAGACGCAACCAUCUACCUUCCGGUUCUUAGCAACCCACGAAAAUAUAUACGAUGUGUUAAUGGUAAAGAAGUGGUGGCGACGUGUCCAAGUUCACUGGUUUUCGACCCAAAACUGGCAACGUGUAAUUUGGAGCAUCUGGUGGAAGCUUUCCCGACCCGUUAGUUACUUAGUUGUAAAUAAUAAUCAUGGCUAUUA